CUGCGGGAGCUCGGGGGGCGACGAUGAAUUGGCCAUCUAAAUUGCAAACCGGCAAAUGGCCUUUACCUGCUACCCAGGGUCAAUCUCCUCCUCGGUGUGGCCCACAGUUCCCCAACCUUGGCCAGGAACCUCCUGAGCUCAGCAUGUACAGUGACUGUUACUACCCUCCACCUUCACUGCCAAGUCCUCAACGUACUGCGCCGACCUCCUACGACCUGAGUGACUACACCACCCCUCCCCCAAACCCUUACCUCUGGUUCAACAGCGCCGGGAUCAACACGCCAUCGUAUCUGGCUACCACCGGCCCGCCAGGAAACCCCGGCCCUCCCUUUGUUCCUCAGCACUAUGGCAUGCAGAGGCCUUACUUAGGUCCGGCUGGAGCUGGGGGUCCUGGAGGAGAGCUGAGCUGGUUCUCUCUUCCCUCACAAGAAGACUUGAUGAAGCUGGUCAGGCCUCCGUACUCCUACUCCGCUCUCAUUGCCAUGGCUAUCCACGGAGCACCGGACAGGAGACUGACACUGAGUCAAAUUUACCAGUAUGUCGCUGACAACUUCCCUUUCUACAACAAGAGUAAAGCAGGCUGGCAGAAUUCCAUCAGACACAACCUGUCACUCAAUGACUGCUUCAAAAAAGUGCCCAGAGAUGAAGAUGAUCCAGGAAAGGGCAACUACUGGACUCUUGACCCAAACUGUGAAAAGAUGUUUGAUAAUGGAAACUUCCGCCGCAAAAGAAAGAGAAAGUCUGACUCCCUCUCCACUGGUGAUGGCAGUCCCGGGGCUCCAGAUUCAGGUGACAGUGAGAGAGGCAGCCCCAAACAUUCUGGUAACCCUGCUCUUGACAUCGACCCUACACCAGAAAGGAUCCCCUCCCCUUCGUCGUCAGGCCCUGCACCGUGUCUGAGCAGCUUCUUAUCCGAGAUGUCUGGCGUGAGCUCUGGAGGAACGAAUGAGGUGGGGGGUGAUGGGUUAAGCAGGCCACUGCCUAUUAACCUUCCUUUAGAUGGCCCUCACAGAUCCACACAGCCUGGAAGUUUCAGUAGCUACUCCUCUAGCUCCGGCGCCCCAGAGUGGGUAUCACAAGUGCCAGCUCCCCCUAUUCUCUCCUCAUCACCUACUCACUCUUCUUUAGGGUACACUAGCCCCAUCCUCAACCAGUUCAAUGGGUCCAGUGGGCAUUUCUACCCUACACUGGGCUCAACCGGAAUCAUCUAUCACCGUGAGGGCACAGAUCUGUAAUAAGACAUUAGGGGUGAAAUGUUUGGUUUGAAAAGACUCUUUUCUUUGUACCUGUUUGGUCACUUUUGUCUUGUAGAGGUUCUGUUCUGUGAAAGACAAUACACAUGCACAUACACACAAACACACAGAUUAUGUUUGCGCUGACUUAGACAGUUGAGAUCACUAUAGCGUGUGACAACAGAGUAAAACAGCUCUGAUUCCCACAGAAACAGCUGAGUCAGACACAGCAGACUACAAGCAUCACUGUAGUCAGCUUGGCUAUCAGGCCUUGGUCAGCUUUUAUUCUAACCAGAGCUAGUCCAUAUCAGAUCUGACUCAUUAUUAACAAAUCCUAGAUCUGAUCUGCUGACAUCAGCCCAUUCUCGACUGCCAUCUGCAAUUCUUUGAUGGUUCCACCUAUACAAUAGUUAAAUCACACUAUUGUCUAUGUAGUGUGCGGUGGUUACGUAGGUAAUAGGUAAUAAUUAAACUGGUUUUAGUCCUAUCACUAGACAAUAUGAUGACCCUAUAGUCUUGAUAUAAAAGUCAUAUGUGUACUUUGUAAAUACAUGUUGUGUAAUGUUAUCCAUUUACAUAGUUGGCUUGUUGGUGCAAAUGUCAUAGUACAAAAUGCAUUCU